CAACCAUCAUCUCGUACUGAACCUCCAGUUGCCACUGAUAUUAUGUCAUCAUCAUUAGCAACACCACCUUUUUCAAUGUCACCUUCGCCAACACUACCAUCAUCGCUAUCGUCAACAGUGUCGCCAGUGUUAAAAUCCUUAUUAUUACCGUCAUUAUCAUCUUCAGAUUCAGCCUCAUUAUGGUCACCAUCGAAAGAAACAAAACCCGCAUAUAACCACCCUUACACAUCUAGUUCUGUUCCAAUAUCAACUAGUCCAGCCAUUGGUUCUUACACACUAUACUCAGAUCAACCACUUUCACUUAAGAAAAGCUCAAACACCCCAGUAGAGUAUGAUACGUACAUGCAAUUUAACAAGCCAUUAACGAGGAGCCCAGUGUCAAAGGCAUCCUCCAAGCUAGAGCCUAAUCCAUCAUUAUCCCCGGUUACAUACCUCUCAGGACAACCAUCACAAGAACCGACUUCGUUAUCUCAUAAGCCAAGUGGAUUUUUUGUCUGGAGAACCACUAGAACAAUUUAUGAUCAUGGAAAGCUGUAUAGUUCUUUUCCACUGGAUACAUCAAGUGAGAGUCAAAUGCAGUUAUAUGACUCUAAAAACAGCAUGUUUACAAAGAUUUAUGAAGAUUCGGCAAGCCAGUCUGCGGCAGCUCUUGAGCAGUUUAUCCACACCAAGGCAGAUUCAAGUGCGGCAUUAUCUUUAAAUGAAAGGGAAAUCGUACCUUCGAAUUCUUUCAUAACCACGCAUUUGAUGGUUUCUCCAACAGGUUUCUCUGAAAUAAAUAAGAACCCAACAUCUCCAGGGUACAAAUCAUUUCUAAGAAGACCAACUAAGCAAAUUCCAGCUGGUUACCUGAAUUGGGAAGAACCAUACUCUAAAGACAGCAACAAGUCUCUGGUGUUAUAUAGAACAUAUCUGACCACACAGGUUCCAUGGCAAGCCAAAAAUAAAUCACCUAGAGCUACGUCUCUAAACACUCUUUUGGAUAUUGACAGGACAACCGUGGAGUCUCGACUUAUUGAACCUGUCCCUUUUUCUAGAAUCCAUUUGUCUGGUCCAACUUAUAAGCCAACAGCAGUGAGCUUUCUACAGAAACUGGUCUCCUUCUCAGAAUAUACAAAGCCUAAAAAGGCAUUGUCAAUGCUAACAGUUUCUGCAUUCACUGAGAACAUGCCAAGUACAAGACUUCUGGAAACUAGCCCUAACAGAACUCUAAAAACCCAUGGUACUGAACAGAUAGCAAAAGGUUUUAGGGAUGUGCCACCAACCAGCAUCCCAUCAACACCACUCAGGGCUCACAGAAUUGACACAGUCUCUUCUGAGACUACCGCAAGAGCAGUGACCUUGUCGAAACCUUUAAUAUCUGCCAUCGUCUCCAGCUUUACAGCAAAACAGGUGGCUGAUCGUCUGUCAAGUAACAAGACACCAAUCCUGUUGGACAGAAAGUCUUUAACCUCUCAAAAUGGUAUAGUUUCCAAUUUUGUAACUACAUCAGGUCCUGAAAGACGUAUCCAAAAACCAUACACCCUAAUGCACUUGAUGGAAUCUGAAAACCCUUUCAGUAAUAACUUCACUUAUCAAGCAAAACCCUUUUCAGACAUUGCUUCAACUUCAUCGCAGACACCUAUGGAGACAAGGUCUUCCUUCAUGUCGAAGUUCUUGGGUUCAACUUUUAGCAAGAGGUCCUCUGAUAUGUCUUUUUCUCUCACACCUUCAUUACUACUUCAUAAUAUGAUGCAAAUGACUAAAGAUGAUGUGGAGAAGUCAGAUUAUUUGACAUCUUCAGUCAGAAGAAUGCCAUCUACACCUGGAAUAUUCUCCAAAAAUGCUUUAUUUGUCUCAGCUCAAAGAAAGGCAUCAAAAGACACAUUUGUUGAUGAAACUACAUCUAUUGUAUCAUCAAAACAGACAUCUGUGCCUGGUACUGGUGCCCAGGGCCUGAACUUUACACCCGUAAGACCGAAUGGCAACUCUGCUGGGACAGAGAGGUCAAUGAAUAAUGAGUUCUAUACCACUUUGGCGUUAAAGGCUAGCUCAGAAGCAAGUAAAUCAAAUCCAGCAGUGUCUAGAGGUUUUAGCUACAUAAAACAUCCACUGCAUCAGGUACUUAUAAUUAAAAAUGGACAGUCCUUUUCUUCAACAAGCAAUACAACACUAUCCUUGCAUAUGGUAUUAAACACAUCAUCAAAUGAAUCAGUGUUACCGGCUAGAUUUCCAGCAUCAGGGAUAAACCUUUUGUCAGGCAGAACAGCAGCUGUGUCUACACCCACUAUGAGUAUGUUAGCUGUUCACACAUCAGGAAGAGAAAGUGCUUUACCUCCAGGCAUAAUGGAAUUGUCACCAGCGUCAUUACCAACAGAAUUAUCAGCAUCCACACCUUCAGCAUUAUCACAAGCGUCAUUGUCAUCAGCAUCAUCACUAUUAGAAUUAUCUGCAGCAUCACCUGCAGAAUUAUCACCAGCACCCCCAUCAUCAGAAUUAUCGUUAGAAUUAUUAGCAUCACUGUCAGAAUUGUCACCAGUAUCAUUGUCAACAAAUUUAUCAACAGCUUCAUUAUUAUCAGAAUUAUCACCAGCAACAUCACCAGCAGCAUUACUAACAGCAUCACCAUCUGACUUAUCACCAGCAUUAUCACCAUCAGAAAUAACACCAGCAUCCUCAUUAUUAUCAGUGGCAUCACCAUCAGUUUCAUCAUCACCACCACCAUCAGAAUUAUCAACUGCAUCAUCACUAUCAGUUUCAUCAACAGCAUCACCAUCAGAAUUAUCACCAGUAUUAUCACCGUCAUUAUCAUCAGUGGCAUCACCAUCAGAAUUAUCACCAGUAUCAUCACAGUCAGAAUUAUCACCAGCAUCACCAUCAGAAUUAUCACCAGUAUCAUCACAGUCAGAAUUAUCACCAGUAUCACCAUCAGAAUUAUCACCAGUAUCAUCACAGUCAGAAUUAUCACCAGUAUCACCAUCAGAAUUAUCACCGGUUUCAUCACCGCCAGAAUUAUCACCGAUAUCACAGUCAGAAUUAUCACCGAUAUCAUCACAGUCAGAAUUAUCACCGGUUUCAUCACCGUCAGAAUUAUCACCGAUAUCAUCACAGUCAGAAUUAUCACCGGUUUCAUCACCGUCAGAAUUAUCACCGGUUUCAUCACCGUCAGAAUUAUCACCGAUAUCAUCACAGUCAGAAUUAUCACCGGUUUCAUCACCGUCAGAAUUAUCACCAGUAUCACCAUCAGAAUUAUCACCGGUUUCAUCACCGUCAGAAUUAUCACCAGUAUCAUCACAGUCAGAAUUAUCACCGGUUUCAUCACCGUCAGAAUUAUCACCAGUAUCAUCACCGUCAGAAUUAUCACCGGUUUCAUCACCGUCAGAAUUAUCACCAGUAUCAUCACCGUCAAAAUUAUCAACAGUAUCACAGUCAGAAUUAUCACCAGUAUCAUCACAGUCAGAAUUAUCACCAGUAUCACCAUCAGAAUUAUCACCAGUAUCUUCACCGUCAGAAUUAUCACCAGUAUCUUCACCGUCAGAAUUAUCACCAGUAUCAUCACAGUCAGAAUUAUCACCAGUAUCAUCACAGUCAGAAUUAUCACCAGUAUCUUCACCGUCAGAAUUAUCACCAGUAUCAUCACAGUCAGAAUUAUCACCAGUAUCUUCACCGUCAGAAUUAUCACCAGUAUCAUCACAGUCAGAAUUAUCACCAGUAUCAUCACAGUCAGAAUUAUCACCGGUAUCAUCACUGUCAGAUUUAUUAGCAGCAUCACCAUCAGAUUUAUCACCAGUAUCAUCGCCACAAGAAGUGUCACCAUCAGAAAUAUCACUAUCAGAAAUAUCAUUAGAACUAUCAUCACCACCACCAGGAGCAUUAUCUCGAACACCAUCACCACCAGAAUUAUCACCAACAUCACCACACGAAGUAUCUACAUCACCAUCAGAAAUAUCACCGGCAUCAUCACCAUCAGAGUUAUCACCAGUAUCAUCACUAUCAUUAUUAUCUUUGGCAACACCAUCAGAAUUAUCACCAGUAUCAUCGCCAGAUUUAUCGACAGCAUCAUCACCAUCAGAAUUAUCAACAGUAUCAUCACCAUCAGAAUUAUCACCGGUAUCAUCACCAUCAGAAUUAUCACCAGUAUCAUCACCAUCAGAGUUAAGACCAGUAUCAUCACCAUCAGAGUUAAGACCAGUAUCAUCACCAUCAGAAUUAUCACCAGUAUCAUCACCAUCAGAAUUAUCACCAGUAUCAUCACCAUCAGAAUUAUCACCAGUAUCAUCACCGUCGGAAUUAUCACCAGUAUCAUCACCAUCAGAUUUAUUAACAGCAUCACCAUCAGAGUUAUCACCAGUAUCAUCACCAUCAUUAUUAUCUUUGGCAACACCACCAGAAUUAUCACCAGUAUCAUCACCAGUUUUAUCAACAGCAUCAUCACCAUCAGAAUUAUCACCCGUGUCAUCACCAUCAGAAUUAUCACCUGUGUCACCAUCAGAAUUAUCACAAGUAUCAUCAUCAGAUUUAUCAACAGCAUCAUCACCAUCAGAAUUAUCACCAGUAUCACUGUCACAAUUAUCAGCAGUAUCAUUAUCACUAUCAUUAUUAUUUUUGACAUCACCAUCAGAUUCAUCAACAGCAUCAUCACCGUCAGAAUUAUCAUUAGUAUCAUCGCCACAAGAAGUGCCAACAUCAUCACAAUCAGAAAUAUCACCAUUAGAAUUUUCACCACCACCACCAGAAUUAUCACCUACAUCAUCAGCAGAAUUAUCACCAGCAUCAUCAGCAGCAGCAGCAUCACAGACACCAUCACUACCAGAAGUAUCACCAUCAUCAGAGUCAGAAUUAUUGCCAUCCGACAUAUCACCAUUAGAAUUAUCACCACCACCACCAGAAUUUUCACCACCACCAGCAUUAUCACUAGCAUCGUCAUCAUCAGAAAUAUCAACAUUGGAAUUAUCACCUUCAGAAUCAUCACCAUCAAAAUUAACACCAGGAUUAUCACCAACACCAUCACCACCAGAAUUAUCUCAAUCAUCAUCACCACCACAUUUAUCGCCAUCAUCACAAUCCAAAUUAUCACAAUUACCUUCAGAAUUAUCACCCACAUCAUCAGCAUCGCAAUCAUCACCAGCUUCUUUACCAUCAGGAGUAUCACCAUCAUCGCCACCAUCAGAAUUAUCACCACCAUCAGAAUUAACACCACCAUCAGAAUUAUCACCAUCAUCACCACCAUCAGAAUUAUCACCAGCAACCUCAUCAAUACUGUCUUAUUAUGAUUCUGUGUUAACAAAACAACUGAAACCAUUGAUUUCGUCUGUAUCACCAUCAAAAAUUAUACUUACUUCAUCUCCCUCAUUAUCACCAUCAGCAUUCUCACCAUUAACAUCACCAGCAACAUCAUAUUAUGAUUUUUUGUUAACAAAGCAAUUUAGAUCUCCAUCACCAUCAAAAAUGUCUUCAUUGUCCUCAGCUUUAUCUCCAUUCGUAGUAUCUUCAUCACCAUCAUCAGCAUCUUAUGAUUUUACAUUAACAAAAUAUUCAUCAUUAUCAUUACCAUCAGUAAUAACAUCUGAAUCUGAAUCUUUAUCAUUCUCAUUAAAAUCAUCAUUAAUGUCGUCUACAUCAUCUGAACCACUGUCAUAUCAACAAACAACAAUAUCAACAAACAAACAACCAUUCAUAUCCGUGUCACCAUCAAAAUCAUUCUCCUCGCCAUCAAAGCCUUCACUGUUGUUCUCUCAGAUCUCUGCACUAAUCCCGUCACACCUUUCACAGGAAGUGAGUGAACCUCAUCUUGUCGUUACAGAGAAGUCUACGCUGGACCAGAGGAUGUCCGGGGUUCCGUCCUCUGUCCUUACAUCUCGAGAGACCAGGCUUCAAGCAAAAGGAAAUGACUCUGGUUUACCUCCAUUCCAAAUGAUAAGUCCUACAUUACCCAACAAAAAUGUAAACACCUCAGUCCAUUCAGAACCACUUACCCAGGAACUACCACCUAGCAAUUUCCCUCAACUCACCACCAUUACCACCACAACUGCCUCCACAACGACUGCCACACCCACACAACCAACCAGCACAACUCAGUUAACCAGCACCACAGAAACGAGCACUUCUGCAACAACCACAACUACGGCAAAGCCUCCCAGAACUAUAGCACCUACUGUGCCCCCUAAAUUGCCCCCCACCACCCAGCGUAUCAGGACCAGUCCACCCAGAACCACCACCACCACCACUCAAAGUUCUCCACUCAGCUGCAACAUAACCAACAAGAUGUGGGUUAAAACAGUUCUGUCCGUCCACAUCCGGAGGAACCGACUGGACAAUAUUUUGAAACAGAACCUUCCGAAAGGCCUGACUUUGGCACUGACGAAGGCUCUGAAUGACAGUGGUGUCCGUGCACAGAUUGAAAGUCUGUCCACGGUGCCCAAUGUGACCGUGGGUUAUUACGUAACCCGUGGCGAUAUGGUCUACACCACGUCCGUCGUAGUGGAAGCUCUGGGCUCCUACGGCAUGGACAGGCUGAUGGCGGAUAUCCGGCAGUUUGUGCCCAUGGUGCAGGCGGUGCCAGUCCCAGCAGCCCCCUGGAGGCCUACUCCUGCUAUUUCACUCAUGCUGAAGACAGUUUUGAGAUUUGUAGGACCGGGAGAUGAUCUGAGGUCCUGCAGGUUUGCUCAGCUGAUGGAGGAGAGACUGGAGAACGCUUUUGCUGAAGCUGAGACCAAAGUUCUGAACUCCUACAGCACACUCAGCGUGCAGAUCCUGAGCGUAUCUCAGUCGGCCGGUUCUCCAGCAGUGUCUCUGAUAUACGUGGUGCGCAACAGAACCGAGACCCUAAACGGUACCGUUGCCAGUAACCUGCUGAGCCGCCUGACCGCUGAGCUUGUGGGCUACUUCCUGUUUUACCCUCCGCUCAUCACUGCAGAGCCUUUGGAGUACCACAACCUCAACACCUCGGCAUCUACCAAGGAUUUCUGGGUAAUCACGGUGAUUCAGGACGUGGAGAACUCGUCUCUGGAGGGUCAGUACCAGAGCUUCGCCAGUCUGAUGGAGCUGCGCUUGGCAGAGCUCUUUGUGGUAGCACGUCAGCAGGGUGCCCGCUUUAAACGUGCCACCACAGUGGGCAGUUACACUGUUCAGAUGGUUGGCAUGAGGCGAGUGGUAGGCCCAAAAAACCCAGCUGAACUCACCUACUAUGUGCAGUUGAAUGGAAUACCACUCCCUGGUACAACUGCAGCUAAAGUCCUGAACACUGUGGACUCUCAGACCAUGGCUCUGACACUGGGAUAUUUUGUCCAGCUCCAGGCCGAAGCUGUGGUGAAGGGCCCUUCCAACAAUCUCUGGAUCAUCGCCUCUGUUUUGGCUCCUAUCGGCAUUGUCACCAUCAUCAUCAUCAUCAUCACUGCCGUUCUUUGUCACAAAAACAAGAACGACUUUAAAACUGACGGAAUUGGCAACCUGAAUCCACGGGUUAAGACGACUUACCGGAGAGACAUGAGUUAUUAUCACCAGCCUGUUCAGGGUUUCGACUAUGCCAAGCAGCAUUUGGGUCAGCUGGGCACCGAUGAGGACAGCGCACCCCUUCCUCAGGCACCGCUGCCGAUCCGGGACGCCUCUCUCUCCAUGGAGAAGGUCAUCCGCCUGGACGGAACCAACUCCAAAAAGACGCUCAGUGGUGAAAUCCGGAAAAGCAGGUUGCCAAGCGAGGACGGUUCUGCGGUCAGCGUCGAAUCGGCGAGGCCCGUCUCAGUACGAGGCUCCACAGCCAAGAAAAUCACGACACAGCAAAAUCUCAUGAAGGAGGAAAGUAAGAAGAGGACCGAUCCGUAUGACACCUCGUCAGGAUCUCUUCAGCUCAUCUCUGUAAAACCGAUAGCAGCACCGCCGGCGUACUCGCAACCAGCGUCUUCCGACCGCAGUCAAGAUUCAGCCGUCCUGAACGGCGAGGUGAAUCUGGCUCUGAAGCAGAAGUCAGACAUCGAGCAUUACAGGAACAAGCUGAGGCUGAAAGCCAAGAGGAAAGGAUACUACGACUUCCCGUCAGCCGAGGGCAAAACCAGCUCCAAGGCUUCGAGACACGCAAGCGAAAAAGCCGAACGCAUCCCGGCUACCCGACCCCCCAGCAGAACGCCAGAGUACGACGACGACCGGAGCUCCACGUACGUCAAAUCUCGCAGGAGACACUCUGAGGUAAAAUAUCCCGAGUAUCGGAGCAGACAAUCUUUAAACAGCCCGAGUCCUGGGGGAACCGAGAUGGACCUGCUGGUGAUGAGAGAACGUCCCCGGAAAGGCAUCCGCAACAGCGGCUACGACACGGAGCCUGAACUCAUCGAGGAGACCGAUGUGGAUGGUUUGGCUGCUCGCCGUCAUUACGGCUAUGGGCGGCAGGUCAAAGGUCACUCGGAGACGUCCACACUGAGCUCACAGCCCUCUAUAGAUGAAGUGCGUCAGCAGAUGCAUUUGCUGUUAGAAGAAGCCUUCAGCCUGGCUUCUGUAGGUCAUACCUCAUCCAGCAGAAGGCACCACUACAACCAGCAGCACCAGGCGAUUAGCCCUUACAGCCCCGGGCCUUCUAUUCCCUACACCGAGGGGCCAACUAGUGCACCUGACACCAUGAACCACGUCCAAGGUGGACUGCAGUGGGUACCAGCCUAUGGCCAUGACCUCUAUCAGUGCAGCCUGGGCAAGCCGACCUUCAGGUUUACUCAGCUGCCAGAGAUGGUCACGGACUCUCCUCCUCCUGUCCCUCCUAGAACAGGCCCAGCGCCCAGGAGCUCACUGCGGAGGUCUUCCUCGGAUCUCGGCCCAAAAGCUCACAGCUCUGAAUCAUCGCUGCCAGACAUGCCGAGUCAGCAGGGCAGCAGAGGGCCACUCCCACCUGUCACCACCGAGCCUGUACCCAACCACUCAGGAAACCCGAUGACUGCUGUGUACGCCAUCCCAGCCAGCAGGCCAGGCUACCCCGGCUACUUCAUCUCCACUCCUCCUUCGUCCUAUCACAGUCCCUCGUGGAUGUCGUAUCCCCCAGAGCCCGAGGACGUGUCCCAAUCGUGGACCGAUUCCGUUCCGUUGCCAGGAUACGCAGAAGCUUUUCCGAACCCGCGUUACCCUCGAGGAAGUCCUUUCCCGUGGAACCCCAGCCAGGCGGUGUCUCCUCCUCAGGUGGAACCCGAUCAGCCGUUCUCUCUGUCUGCCGAACCCGUGGACGUGAUCACCCCCAUCACGCUCUCCACCUCGGCUCUGGUCCAGGCUAUCCGCGACGAGGUCGCCAAGCUGGCCAAAAAGCAAGCGGACAUGUUUGAGUUCCAGGUCUAGAGCUCCCCCUGCAGAACUGGAACACAAACUGCACUCUGGAGCUCUGGAGCUCUGGAGCUCUCUUCCUGCUGACUUUUGGUUACAGUCACGCUCCUGAAUUUUACUGGAAACUUCCAUUCCUUAAAGGAACUUAAAGGUGUAUGUGUUUUAUGAAAAGCCUGCGUGUUUAUACAGCUUUGUCUCUUUUCCUACACCGGCGUUAUAUUUUAGCAUCAAGUAAAGCUUUUGGAUAAAAGAUAAAAGAUAUCAAAUCCAUCGCUACUUUCAUAUUUAACUCUAACUGCAGACAAACAGGAAUGAUGAAUGACGACGGUUAUGAAAAAAUCUUGAACAUUAAAGUUUUUUUGUUUGUUUGUUCGUUUCCACCAUGCACAACUCCAUCCAUAACUGCGUACUCGGGUGUGAUACAUGUAGGGAAUAAACUACCGGCAUGGUGUGAUGAAGCGGAGUUACUGUUAUCCAGUUAAUUAUUUGGUUUUUUUUUUGUUUGUUUUUUUUAUUCCUCACUGUGAUUUGCCAACAAUUUUACAAUUUCCGUUCUGGAAUGUCGGAGAAACGAGUGAGUUCCUGUUCUCACUUAUACGUUAUAGCAGCUAUAAACACUCAUUCCCUCACCAUCCCUCUCUUUAUUCCCUCUCUUAAAGUUAAUAAGACAAAAAACCCCACACAUACAGCAUCGUCACCUUACCGAAAAAGCGUAAACGGCUUUACUUUUGACUCCGAGUCUCCAAGCACCGACACUGGAGACUCCUUCCAUGAAUGUUAAAUGAAUGUCUCCGUUCAGAAAACAUCACCGUAUGAACAGCGUCCGCCGUACGAGUCUCCGUGAGUGAGCUGUUACUAUAGAAACGGUGACGUAUUAGAACGAGCGCGUUAUAUUAAUAUAAACCUGCGCUACUCUCAAAGCUGCUGUUAGAGAAAAUUAAUCAACACCUUCUGACCAAUCACCAUCCAGAAUUCAGCAGCGCUGGGAUGUAUUUGUGUUUAUGCAUAUAAUAUUGUGACAUGCUCUUUAUAGCUGAUUAUUAUGAAUGACAACAACAAUAAUAAUAAUAAUAAUAAGCGAGCAAUAUGUAAAUUUACAGUGGACUAUUAAACUAUAGGUUAGGAAGUGGAAACAAAGAAUAAACAAAUAAUUAAAGGAGAGAAAAGUGAGAGAGAAAUAUUAUUAUUAUUAUUAUUAUUAUUAUUAUUAUUAUCAUCAUCUUUUAAUAUGAGCACUUGGCCAGUGAUUAUUCUGUUAAAGAAAAAAAAAAAACUAACUAAAAAAGCACCAUUUUACAGAAUAAUUAGCGGUAAUGGUGUAAUAAUUGCUGCUCCUUUUUACAUUUUUAUUUUCUAUGCUUUUCUGACACCUUUAUUUUUUUUUUUCUCACAAUUUCUGUAUUUGGAAACAGGAACUCAAUCAUAAACGGUGUGUAAUAAUAUUUUUUUCUUAUCCACCUCUUAAAAAAAAACAAAAAAAAAAAACCUACGAGACGGUUGUCCUCUUCUCAUUUUAUUUUCUUUCAUUGAUCCAUUAAUGUGGAUUUAUCCUUAUGUUCAUUUUUCUUUAUCUUUGAAGAGCUUCAGCGCCAAAACCAAAACAUGUUAUUGGAAGUAACUUUAAAUAUUGUACCCGACUGAAACCGGGACGUUUUUCUUUGCAUUAAAAAAAAAAAAAAAAAGGACUUAAAUUACAGUCGAAUAAACACGGGACGGAACAUUCAUGCUGUUUCCAUGGGAAGAAGAAAUAAAAUUGUGGAUGGAAUUGUG